AGCUUGGAGGUUGAAGUUCAAGCUUGGGCCCCCAGAGACCCAGAUGCUGCCCGCGGUUACCCAGGUACGUCUGCAGAUGAUCCAUGGCACGACGUCGCAGGUGCGCGGUGAUAAUAUUACAGGUGUCACACUAUGAAUAGAAUGAAUCUAUCUCUUGUUCAACCUCCUCGCGUCGUCUCGUUGCUGCUCCCGAACGCUCUCCUCCUGAAUCCAACUACAUCAUCAGUCGGCUGAUCCCUGCCACCUGCACGGCGUCGGCUAGUCUUCCCCAACCGUCUCGUGCACUUCACCGACUCAGCGUGACGUUUCGCGACUUCCACGUCUGCGCUGUCUACUAUCAAGACUACACAUCCCCGCCUUCAUACCCCCAUACGCACAGCAUGCGCCCGACGACUAGGUAGCGAUACGCGCAGUGCAGCGACAACAGCCGACACGAACCAUGGUGGAACUCUCGCCGGGCGCGAGCGUUGCUCUUGGAGUAAUGGUCGGCCUUGCCUCUACCAGCAUACAGAGCGUUGGCCUGACGCUGCAGCGGAAGUCCCAUCUCUUGGAGGAAGAGAAGGACGACGACGAUGAGAGGCGACCCCCAUACAAGCGGCGGAGAUGGCAGCUGGGCAUGCUCAUGUUCGUCGUGGCAAACAUCGUCGGCAGUACCAUUCAAAUCACCACCCUCCCCCUUCCCGUCCUCUCCACCCUCCAGGCAUCCGGCCUCGUCUUCAACUCGAUAUGCGCCUCCAUAAUCCUCAGCGAACCCUUUACGCGGUACUCCUUCGUCGGCACAAUGCUCGUUGCGAUAGGCGCAUUGUUGAUCGCCUUGUUCGGUGCCAUUGCAGAACCGUCGCAUAACCUGGAUCAACUGUUGGCGCUGCUGGGACGAAACACCUUCAUCGUAUGGAUGAUCAUGACGGGCAUAGUCGUUGUCAUUCUGGUCAUUGCCACUUGGUCACUACACCGCAUGCAUCCGCGGACCACUCCUCGACAACGCCUCGUACGCGGUAUUCUCUUCGGUUGCGUCAGUGGCAUACUCUCCGCGCAUUCGCUUUUAAUCGCAAAGAGUGCCGUCGAGCUUCUCGUUCGGACUCUCGUCGACCGCCAUAAUCAGUUUGACCGCUGGCAGUCGUGGAUGAUCCUAGUCGGACUGGUCGUAUUCGCCCUGACCCAACUCUACUACAUGCAUCGCGGACUGAAGUUGGUUAGCACGAGCGUGCUCUACCCCUUGGUCUUUUGCGUGUACAACAUCAUCGCUAUUAUAGACGGCCUCAUCUACUUCGACCAAAACGAUCGCCUUUCGAGUCUGCACGCUGGACUGAUCGCGCUUGGAACUGUUAUUCUGCUCGCGGGAGUUGUCUGCUUGAGCUGGCGACUUGAAGACAACGAGGAAGAGCCCAUGUCACCAGUAGCAAGCAAGCACAUGGGCAGGGUUCCGAUGCCUCAAAAUGUGCUGGAACCCGGUAUCGGCCUUGCGCAUGGCCAUAGCCACGACGAACCCGACUCACCUCUGGACAUCGACGAAGAAGCCCCAGGCGCCCAUGGCUAUGCCUCGGAGCAAGCCAAACGAAAAGCUGUCGACGAAAGAACACCUCUGCUAGCCCGCGCUCCAACAGGUCCCUCGCUGACACUCGCCAAUCCGAAGAAGCGAGCAUCGGUAGAUGCCGGUGACUUGAAAAGUCCUAUACAAUCCCGUAGACUGCCGAGGAGACGGAGAAUGACUAUCUCGGAGGAGACAAAUGAGAUAUGGGAUGAGCUCAACGAUCGAGAGACUUUGCCUUCUCCUGCUCGGCGAUCCGUGGAUCUAGAACGACGACCAAGAUCUGGGACUUUGCCUCCACGGAGAAAUGCUGCGCAGUCCGCUUGGCUCAACCAGAUGCGUCGACGAUCCUGGUUUGAAGGGUUCGGCAGCCGAGGCAGGAGCGUGUCGCAGGGAAAGAGGCCCAUGGACAGUUCUGCAUCACUUCUGAAUCAUCCCGAUCCAGAAGAUGGCGAUAUGUCUGAUACGGAUAUGGACGAAACAUCCCGGAGACGACAAACCUGGGGGUACGGCCAAGGGAGCAAGAGCCAGGAUAACCUGGGCGACUGGUUCAAGUUGAAGUGGUGGCGGAAGAAGUGGAAAGAGGACGAAGACCACGAAGAAGAACGACCUACAUGAUAUCACUACCGCAUCCAUUAAUUUGAAUAUACCCAGAAUGUAUUAUCAGAAUUCAAGACGCAGUUCUUAAGGAUUACUACGCAACGCGACCGUCCCUGUCGGGCAACAAGCAUUCCUGCUUUGUAAAAGUCUCCUCGAGUCAUAGCCAGAAGCCUCAUUUAUACGCUAACCCACACAUGCACGACAUCCAGAUGGAG